AUGAGCAGGAUGUACACGGAUCCUGUCUGUGCCCUCGAGUACGAGAAAAGGGCACAGCCGGCUGCUGAAAGAAAGCAUGCUCUCCAUAAGUAUCUGUCAUUGUGCAGCCCGAAACUUGUGGGGGUUGUCGCCGUCCUGUAUCUUGCGCAUGCUGUCAACCUGAACUCUGCUAGAAGCUUCAGCUCUCUGAACUUGCGAGGUGCAGAAGGUGAACGUUUAGUGAAGCCCAUGUUCCUGUGUUACUUGAUGAGUGUAGCAAAACUCCUCUGUGCUCCCUGGGCGAACAUCCACACCGUCCGUGAAUACUUUGGUGUGCCGCAUCAGUUGCCAAAGUCAAGAUAUUGCCUGAUUGCAGCCUCCGACAUGGUUGCGCUGUACUUCGGUUUUCUGAGCUUGCUGUUCAUCCCUCCCAGUGGCAGCUGGGUGCUUGUGGAGGCUGGCAUCCUUGUGAUCACAGCUUUUGGUUCAGCUUACAUCACAAAGAAGUCGAAGAUGACCCGGUACUUUGCGGGCUGCAUAGCUGGAGCGUUGGUGGGGCUUUGCGCAACGACGCUGUCGCUGUCUCUGUCGGAGUCAAGCUUGGAGAAGAGUGUCGAACAAGACUUUCACCAUGCCGAGCAAGGGAACGAGAUCGUACUGUUUGGGAUGCACGUGAAAGGCGAACUUUGGUUAUGGGGAAUACUGUUUUCAACGGGAAACGCAGUCGGCACAGCCACUGAGUGUCUGCUAGGAGAGCUUGGCUUCGUGGACGACGGUCUAGACCCCUGGUCUCUGAACGUGAUCAUUGGGUUGAUACAAGGGUCUUGUUGGAUCAUCUUGUUGAUCUUUGCUCAAAUCUUGCCGGGAUCGGACAACGGGUCGGUAGAGAGCACCGUCGACCUGAUCGUCUCCGCCCGGCGGUACCCGAUGAUCGCCGGGCUGGUGCUGCUGGUUCUGUUCGGUGCCUUCGGCCGGACUGCGAUCAUGUGGUGGUUGAGACAUCAGUAUGGUAUGAUCCCUGCAAAUAUGAUCGGGUCAGGCCGUGUCGUAGGCCUCUGGGUCUUCGGGAUGUUUUUGGGGUUGAUAUACCCCGGACUUGGAGAGAGUUGGAGUUGGGCUGGUUCUCCCGUCCUGUUGCUAGGGUUUGCCUUCACUCUGGGGAGCUCCAUCGCCUACAUCGCGGAGAAGCAUCGUAUGGCUCUAGAAAACUACGAAAACUUCAUAGAGCCAGAUGGCAUCGAGAAGGGAAGGAGCGAAGGCACCGAGCUAGCAGCUCGACCGGCCGAAGAGAUUCAAGCCGAUGCAUGA